CAAGAGAAGCUCGGCUAGUUGUUCCACAUUUAAGCCCUUUAGAAGCAAAAUUUCUGCUUUCUCGUGCAUCUUUCUGUGCCAAGAGAGAGAGAGAGAGAGAGAGAGAGAGAUCAUGAAUACCACCAAAACAAGCCAACUGCACAUUUUCUUCUUCCCAUACUUGGCUCAUGGCCGCACCAUACCAGCCUUAGACAUCGCCAAUCUGUUCGCUUCUCGAGGUUUCAAAACGACCAUAAUUCUAACACCAGUAAACGCGUCCAUUUACGCAAAAACCAUCGAGAGAAGCAGAAAUCUGGGGUUGCAAAUCCGUGUUCUCCUCAUUAAAUUCCCCGCUGAAGAAUUUAGAUUACCUAAGGGAUGUGAGAUCGCUCGUUUAGCCACCACAAACGAGAUGUUGGCGACCUUCCAUACGGCCACAAUCCGCCUCGAACACCCUCUCGAGCAGCUCAUAGCAGAACAUCGUCCCGACUGCCUCGUCGCCGACUCUUUGUUCACAUGGGCUACUCGAGUCGCCGCGAGGUUCGGGAUUACGAGGCUUGAAUUCGACGGGACCAAUUUCUUCUCGAUGUGCGCUUCGAUGAGCAUGAACAAGUACCAGCCUCAUAAGAAGGUAUCUUCCGAGUCUGAGCCUUUUGUGAUUCCUAAUUUGCCACACGAGAUCAAACUCACGAGGGACCAACUUCCGUUUUUUAUGAAACAAGAUUCGGAUCAGGUGCCCAAAAGAGAAGAUCAAGCUGAAGAAUCAGAGCUGGCAAGCUAUGGUGUCAUCGUCAAUAGCUUCUACGAGCUCGAACGCGAUUAUGCGGAUCACUACAGAAGGGUGCUCGGAAGGAAGGCUUGGCAUAUCGGCCCGACUUGUCUUUUCUAUAAGGACGAAGAAGGCAAAGCACAGAGAGGAGACGAAUCCUUCAAUACCGACAAACAUGAAUGCCUAACCUGGCUCGAUUCGAAGGAACCUAAUUCCGUAGUUUACGUAUGUUUCGGAAGUGUGGUGAAUUUCAGUGACGCACAGCUCAUGGAGAUUGCGUUGGGGCUUGAGGCUUCUGGAAAGCAAUUUAUUUUGGUUGUGAGGAAAGCUAGACCGGAAGGUAGUCGAAAAGAAGAGUGGUUACCUGAAGGAUUUGAGAAGAGAGUGGAAGGAAGAGGACUUAUAAUAAGAAAUUGGGCACCCCAAGUGCUGAUUUUGGAGCAUGAAGCGGUCGGAGGAAUCGUGACGCACUGCGGUUGGAACUCGAUACUUGAAGGGAUUUGCGCCGGGGUGCCAAUGGUUACGUGGCCGGUGAUGGCGGAUCAAUUUUACAAUGAGAAGCUUGUGGUGCAAAUCUUGCGAAUCGGAGUCGGCGUUGGUGCUAAAAAAUGGGCGAGGUUUGUGGGGGACAAUGUGAGGAGGGAAGCCCUAGAAAAGGCCUUGAAUCAGCUUAUGGAGGGUGAAGAAGCAGAAAAGAUGAGAAGCAGAGCUAAGGUACUUGCGGGAAAGGCGAGCAAGGCUUUUGAAAAAGGUGGAUCUUCUUUCUCUGAUUUUAAUGCCUUGAUUGAAGAAUUAUUGAAGCUGCGUAGAUCCGCUUGAUAUUUUCAGGCUACAAGAUACCAACUACUAAAUAAAGUGUAUGAUCUUAUGUACGAAAUUUUCGUUGAGUCUUUCUGUCUUUGUAUGAUGAAAUGUAUCAUUUACUUUAUUGCAAGUUUCUUUUUAAUUUUCAUGCGGGUAAAACCAUCUCCAAUAUAAAUAUUAAUAUCAGUUGUAUA